UGGUAGCUGUACAGGAAAUUAUGAGUGCUCUCUAAUAAAUGACACAAACAAGAUUGAUUUAUUUUGACACUUAUUACUUGCUCCGCCCCAAAUGAAUUACUCUUUUCGUUUUGGGAUGUUCAUGAAUAUUUGAAACCAUUCCAUCUCUGGGAAUAAUGAAGGCCAGUGUUGGCCAAAUUUUACUACUAAAAUUGGACUUGAGGUGAAUUUAUUUUCGCAUUGACGCGGCAAAUUCAAGGUGAGGUGCCAUGGUGUAUGUUAUUUGCGGAUGACAUAGUCCUGAUUGACGAGUCUCGCAGCGGGGUUAACGCUAAGCUGGAGGUUUGGAGACAAACUCUGGAGUCUAAAGGGUUCAAGUUGAGUAGGACCAAGACAGAGUACUUGGAGUGCAAGUUUAGUGAUAUAGUACAUGAGGCUGACGUGGAAGUGAAGCUUGGCACCCAGGUCAUACAGAAGAAAGAUAGUUUCAAGUAUCUUGGGUCUAUUAUACAAGGAAAUGGGGAGAUUGAUGAUGACGUCACACAUCGUAUUGGUGCAGGAUGGAUGAAAUGGAGGCUUGCUUCCGGAGUGUUGUGUGACAAGAAGGUGCCACCGAAACUUAAAGGCAAGUUCUACAAAGUGGUGGUUAGACCAGCUAUGUUGUAUGGGGCGGAGUGUUGGCCAGUCAAGAAAUCUCAUGUUCAGAAGAUGAAAGUGGCGGAAAUGAGAAUGCUGCGAUGGAUGUGUGGGCACGCUAGGAGUGAUAGGAUUAGGAAUGAAGUCAUUUGAGACAAGGUUGGAAUAGCCUCAGUGGAAGACAAGAUGCGGGAAGCGAGGCUGAGAUGGCUUGGGCAUGUGAUGCGGACAGGGGCGGAUGCAGUAAGAGGCCAGGGUGUUCACCCGAACACCCUGGACAAAAAAUUACAGUGUAUAUUUAGGAUAAAUUUUUUGUGUUCAUGUACAUAUAUUAACUUUUGAACACCCUGAACAUAUAUCACAAUGUAUAUUUAGGUCCAAUUAUUUUUCCGAACAUCCUGAGUGAAAAUCCUGGAUCCGCCACUGGAUGCGGAGAGAUGAAGAUGCCCCGGUGCGGAGGUGCGAGAGGUUGGCCAGCGACGGUUUCAAAAGAGGUAGAGGUAGGCCGAAGAAGUAUUGGGGGGAAGUGAUUAGACAGGAAAUGGCGCAUUUCCUGCUUACGGAGGACAUGACCUUAGAUAGGAGGGUAUGGAGGACUCAUAUUAGGGUAGAAGGAUAGUUGGUAGUCGCGUCUAUCCUCCCUUAAGAGUAGUUAUGUUGUUCUAUAGUUUCUUGUCUCUUGAUUUCUGCGAGUAUCUGUUGGUUUAUAAUGACUUAUUUAUUUUCAUUGUUUUCAUUUUCAUAGUUAUCUAUAGCAGUUAAUUCUCCUUUUACC